UAUCAAUCCGAUGGGCGGGGGAAGGUAGGAAGGAUGGUCGCGGAAAAGCUCCGGGCACCUUCGGUGAAUUUCACCUCUUUCUUGCCGUCUUAUACCAUCAGAGGGGGCCAUUUCGGGCUUUGACCUCGCACCGAAGCCAACCUAUUGGGCCUGUUCGGCGGUUCUCGUCUUCUGAUCCAGUGUAUCAAUAGUUAGGAUUCGAAUAUGGCCAGUGGAUUUGGGGAAUCGUCGAGCAGGGAGCCCCAGAACUCUUCUUUUUCUGGAAGCAAUAGCAGCAGCAAUGAUGCGGGCAGCUUCGAUUGCAACAUCUGCUUUGAGUUGGCUCAAGACCCGGUCGUGACUCUCUGCGGUCACCUAUUCUGCUGGCCCUGCCUUUACAAAUGGCUCCAUGUUCAUGCCCAUUCUCAAGAAUGCCCUGUGUGCAAAGCCAUCAUUGAAGAGGAAAAGCUAGUCCCUCUCUAUGGACGAGGAAAAAACCCGACCGACCCACGAUCUAAGUCGGUCCCUGGUGUCAACAUUCCUAACCGUCCUGCCGGGCAAAGGCCUUCGACAGCCCCACCACCUGACCCGAGCAAUUUCCCUCACUCUAACCCAUGGUUUAUGGGCGGGACUCCAGUGGCAAGCACGAGGCUUGGGAAUUACACAUUCUCUGCCGCAAUCGGUGGUCUGUUCCCGUUGCUGAGCUUUCAAGUUCAUGGAUUCCCGGAUGCAACUGCUUAUGGGCCUGCAGCUGGUUUCCCGUAUGGGUAUGCAAAUUCAUUUCAUGGAGGGCAUGCCGCCCACGGGAUUCCUCGACAUGUGUCUCAUGGACAGCAGGCUGAUGUCUAUCUGAAGGCGCUGUUGUUUCUGGUUGGUGCUCUUGUAGUUGCUAGUCUUGUUUGGUUUUAGACAGCUGUAAUAAGUACAUGAUAGUUUUGCUAAUAUGCAUGAAAGUAUUACAUGUGUUAUUUGAAUUCUGUGUGCCUUUAAUGUACUACCAUUUCAACCAUGUGGUUGUAAACUGCAAUAUCAAUUGGUGGUUUAUCUCUACAUGAAUUUGUUCAUAGGAUGUUUUGUGCUAUCAUAUUAUUACAUGUUCCUGGUGGCU